AGUGCGCCUUACGUAAUGCCUGAAACACGCCGACGGGAAAGCGUUCAUGCUCACCCUAGCUUUGUGUUAUAUCAUCUCUGUCAAGGUAACUUCUAUGUACGCACAGCGAUAAUACACUUCUUCAUUCACUUCGGCAACGGAAGAGCGGGAUAACAGCAGUCAGUAUGUUUGGAGCGGUGGUGGUCGGCAUUGGCACAGCUGGUUGGGUAAGGAUGAGAGACAUGUUGGCUCCGCUGCCUGGCAGUGCUGCAGAGAAACUCACUGUCAGAGGAUUUAUAUCCAGGAGGAGCCUGGACACUCAACAGGGAGUGAGUCCAGUAUCAGUAGAAGAGGCUGUGAGCAGAGAGGAUAUACAUGUGGCGUUCAUCUGCACUGAGAAUGUGUCACACGAGGACAAUGUCAGAACCUUUCUGCAGGCAGGGAAACACGUCUGCGUCGAGUAUCCCAUGACCAUUAACUACAAGGCUGCUGUGGAGCUCUGGGACAUUGCCCAAGAAAAAGGAGUGAUUCUCCAUGAGGAACACAUUGAGCUGCUGACAGAAGACUACAAAGAACUGAAGAAAGAGGUAGAGGGAAAAAUCCUGCAGGAAGGUACUCUUCAUUUUACUGGUGGAGCUCUGAAGCCUGGAUUUGGUUUCCCAGCAUUCAGUGGCAUCGCUCGCCUCACCUGGUUGGUUGAGUUGUUUGGUGAGCUGUCAGCAACUGCAGCAACCAUGGAGGAGGACUCUGCUAACAACUACAGCAAGAUGACUGCAAAGCUGAUGACUUCUGAAAACAGACCUCUGACGUGGAUUGAGGAACGUGGGCCGGGCCUCCCCAGGGCCAAGAACAUCAACUUUGUCUUUGACUCCGGCACUCUGACCAAAAUCCCCCCUGCACCUACAGGGGCUGUAGGCCUCUUCAUGCAAGACCUGAUCCUCUUCUCUGCUAAGGUGGUGGGCCAAGUGAGUCCAGAGGAGCUCCAGAAGGAGAAAUCAAGGAUCCUGCACUGCUUGAAAUUGGCAGAGAGGAUACAACAACUUUGCCAAAGCUAAAUGGGGACUCUCCAGUUUAUGAUCAUCCUAAAUCUGGAUCUCAUUCUAACAUGACUGUUUAUUUUUCAUCACCAUGCCAUUAAGUGUUUUUUUUGUAUUGCGGGUCAUAUAAACUUGGUAUUAUUUCAUCACAUCAGACAUAAUCACUGAAGCUGAGUCACUGAACUGAAUAACAUUCUAACAUAUUUAGACAUUGGUGCCUGAAAGUAAAUUGUUGUGACUACUGAAAAUUAGAGAUGGGAAUUGAUAAGAUUUUAUUGAUACUAAUACCAUUUCCAAUGCUCAUGAUCAUUCAGAUUCUUGAUUAAGUCUCUUAAUUAAUCCUGAUUAAUUUUCUGUGUGAAAAUGUGAGUAUAGUAUAUUGCUGGUGUGAAAUGCAGCCACGCUUUGGAGUGUUUCUUUAUAUCCACCAUGACUUCUUCUUGUUGCAAGUUUGCAGCCAUGUAGACACAAGUUUGAUGUCAUUGUUUUUGAAUGUGCAACUGUCAGAAAAUUAGAUUAAUUAGAUGUAAGGAACUGAUCAACUCAGAGGCUUAUAAUUCUGAUGGAUUGGACAAUUUGGAACCAGUGCAGGUACCAGAUGUGCCCUGCUUGGCAGAUCUGCUCAGGGUCCUGCGUUAACAGAUGCCAUAACACAUUAUGAUUGGCUUUAUGUCAGCAAGUGUACCGAUACCGUGUGUUCUUGCUGAAGUACCUGCUGCCUAAUUGAACUGAGCGUGUGCAACUCUCAACACAGAUGAGAAGGAAAUUAAAUGGCUCACUUUUUGAGAUGUGUUACGAUGCAUUAUUUUAUUUAUUUUUUCAGUUUUAGCUAAGGUAACAUUAAUAGUGUAACAAAACUGGUGCCACUUUUGCAUCUGAAAAUUGUUUGUUGCUGUACUGUAAUGGUAAAUGGACCUGUACUUGUAUAGUGUCUUUAUAGUCUUACGACCACUUCAAGCGCUUUUAAACUACAUCUUAAGUACAUCUUUCUCUUCUUCACAUCUUUGGAGAGUUGCACAUGCUCAGUACCGAUCGAGCAAGAUGUACACGUAAUCAACUUAGUGUAUCAUCAUAAACAGUUGUUUGAUAAAUAUAAUAUUUUUAAACUUGGCAACACUAGCUGACUUACUGGAAGUCUUUUUUUUUUUCUCUGCUUGUUUUAAAUAUGUGUUUCAGCACAGGGCCUUUGACAGAGUGGGUAACAGCUAGCACUGUUUGGUCUGAUCCAGGAGCGCAAAGCAGUGACAUUCAAUAUACUCCUACCCAAUCAGUGUUCAUUUUGACAGAUAUUUUAGGUUUAGUCCUUACCCGCCCGGCCGGUUCAGCUUACUAGAAAAUAUUACAGGUUUGGGAGGGCAAAGCAGCAUUCAGACCUUCCUCUCCGUAACUUUCUCUUAAAAAGCCCUCACACGGCAGUAUGCUGGGUGCUGUGCAUUCAAACAAGUACAAGUACAAUAAAGAACACGUUUGGAA